UUUAGGAUUUCAUGCAAUUCACUUUGAAAUUGGCAUUUAUUUUAGCAUAUUUGCAUGAGACAUUGUCUUAAACAUGCAGAGUAAGCAUUAUUAUAUGGUUAGACUUAAAAUACAGAAUACAAUUUGUUGACGAUUGUAAAUGGAGAGACCUUCCGCUUACCAUUGGGUGAUUAUUUCCUUGGUGAUGGACUAUCAUACACUGUUACACCUUCAACUUCACCAUUUACCUAGAAAACUGUAGUAGUAGGAUAAGGAACAAUUUAAGGUAAAAUAAUUUCAUCAACAUCCUCAUAUUUCAAUAAUAAUCCCAACAUUUAAGGAGUAAAAUAUUACGCUCUUACUCAAAGUACAGGAGGUGGCUAUUAAAUUUAUUAAUCAUAACUUCCAACUGGAGCCCCAUUUACUUAGAUAUCAUACACAACCAACUUUGCAUCAAUCAACACAGGAGCAACUUGUUAUUAAAUUAAUUUCAUAUAAAAUAUGAUUGUAGUAACUUGUUCAGCUUAAGGCACUAAUUAAUUGACAUACAUAUUUUUUUCAGCAUCUCCAGCCCCACAAUUAUAAUAAUUAUUUAAUUAGACUAUCGCUUCAGCCACUAUCACAGCAGGAGCUUAUGUAUAGACUUAGGCUGUUGGAUAAUAUAUAGUAACUUAAAUAAAUUCUGGAGCAUAUGAUAAUCAAGCCUAUUCACCAGCAUCAUCAUCACUCUAUAUAUUCCAAUUGACUUUAAGUGUAACAUAAUCAUACAAUUUAAUCUAAAUACUACUUCCUUAAUCUCCAGAUGCAAAUUAAAAUACCCUUUUCUUUACAGGUAUUUCCUUAUAAGAAAAUGGAAUACGUAAUUAUUAUCAUAUAUCUUAGUCUUUUUUACAACAUAUUAAACAGGAUUAUCAUAUGUAAAUUUAUAAAAUUUGCCAGGUACAAUUUAAUCAUUCAAUCCAUUCAGUACAGGUACUUUGGGUGUGAGUUCUUAUAGUGUGGAUUAUUCAUCAAACCUCUUUUAUUUAGCUAUUUGGAGUGCUGAAGGUAUUGUUGCAGGUGUUUAUAAUUCAGCAAAUGCAGUACCUGUAAAUAAAUUAAUAAAAUAUUUUAGUUUAAAUCAGCUUAAGUUAUAUCAACAAGUUAAAUUACUGAAGUUUAAAUGUUUGCAACAUAAGUUUAUAUGAAUCCUAGAUUCCUUAUUGUUGUUAAUUCUAAUGGAAUUAGUGUCUAUCCAAGCAUUUUAAAUGAUAUCAACAAUUGGUAAUUGCUCUAUUUUAUGCCAUUAAAUGUAUUAUCUAGUGCAUUUGAUUAUUACAAUAAUAUUUUAGUAACUGUUUAAGGUUAAAAUGUUAAUACUUAUUAAUUUAAUAACCCAAUCCUUACAGCUAUUAUUUCAACUCCAACUUCAACUGUUUAAAAUUUUACAAUUACCGCAAUUGCUAGUAUGUAUGGAUCAAAUUCUAGUUAGACAUGUACUUUGACAUUAUACUAUAAUGUUACAUCAAAUCUUUAAACUGUAGAAAUAUUUUAGGCAUAUUAAGUGAAUAGUUCAAAAGAAACAUUUGUUCAAUGGGGUCCUUUAUUUAAUUUAUAUUUGGGUUCAAUUUAAAAUGUUAACAUAAACAAAAUGUUGAUUGGACCAGCUAUUUUAGCAGGAUUUCCAACUACAAAUUAAGCAUAUUCUAAUAUUGAUAUUCAAUUUUCAAAUGUUUUAUCAACUCCUUAAAUAAAUAGUCCUUACAGAAUCAACUCUAAUCUUAUAGUUGGAUAAAAGAUUUUGUACUCUCAAAUGUUUUAUGAUACUUCUUAUAUUGUUAAUGAUAAAACAGGAGAAUAAUUCAAAGACACUUACCUUUAAUUGGUAUAAGUCUCCAAUUAUAUUGUCUUAUUUUAAUGUUAAGGUUUUGAAGAUUAACCAUGCACUUAAAUUGCUAACAUUCCAGUUGAUAUAACAUUGGUUGAACAAUUUGCUUUGAGUUUUUCAUCAAAUAGUUUAAUAAAUAUAGCAUAUAUGUGGAAUGAUUUUAGUAUCAAAGACUAAAUUUCAGUAGGACAUAUUACAAUUUGUCAAUUGACCUACCCUUCUACAACAACUAAUUCAAAUUGCAAAACAUAUAAUUUUAAUUCUAAAUAAGCAGUCUCUACAAAUGCAUUAUAGAUUUCAUUGGCUUAAGACAGUUUCUAUGUUCUUUAUACAUAAACAGUAGAUGAAGUAGCUACAAAUUAUUUCUCUGCUUUUAAUGUAUAAGAAUACUUUAAUGCAGCUUAGAUAACUGAUAUUACUUCACUUUAAUCAUAUUGUUAAUAUUUAAAUACUAAUAAUGUUGUUAUAACAAGUUUCACAUAAAAUAUUCCUGCCUAUGGAAAUGUUAUCUUCUUAAAUACUUAUAAUAUUGUAAUUACUGACACUAUAACUAAUUAUUAUUAUUAUGUUACAGCCAUUAAUUAUAAUGGAGGUUAUCUUAGUGUAGUUGGAUAAUAUAGCUAUGUUUUAGAUGAAAUUGGAAGUGUAUAAACAAAUGAUAAUAUAACAGCACCAUUUACUAAUUACUAUUAAUUUACAAUUGAUGGAAUGUACAUUUUGACACUUAAUAGCAAAGGAAAUUCUACUUUAAAAUUUUACCCAAGAGUUGAUCUUUUACCAUCAAUCUUUUACUCUAAAACUCAAUAAACUACACCUAAAUUACCUGUUAAUGGAAUUACAUUAGAAUAGUAUGGAAUGACAAAUAUAGUCUAAGUUGCUUCAUCAGCUCGUUUCCUUUAUGUUAUGGGUCAACCUGUUGGUUCAAAUACAUAUUCAAUUUAUGUUUAUAAGAAUACUCCUACAAGCUAAAAUGCUUUGUAUUAUGUGAUUUCAACAGAUGCUAAUGAUCAAAUAAUUAAUGCUCCUUUUAGUGUAACAAGUGCAAUAUAAUAUGAUGGAAUAUUAUUCAAAUCUAGAGGAAAUGAUGGAUAUCGUAAUAGUAUACUUUUACCUGAAUUUGAAUUUGCUGUGAAAUGCAAUUUGAAUAGCAAUUUCUAAUAACAAAUAGAAUAUAGUUAUGUCAUAUUUAGGGCUACAUCUUAAUUGAAAAAUACUAAAUUACCAUAGACAGCAUAAGAAUAUUGGGCAACUUUUGAAUCCAUCAAUUUAAUUUCCUUUACUAAAGAAACCACUACAAUAGCAACUGUAGGUGAUAUAUCAUCUUCAGGAUAUUUAUAAGUUGAUCCAAGAGGAUACUUUUAAGGAAAUAUUUAGAGCUUCGUUCUAUCAAAUGGAACAAAUUCUACUACUUUUUAUUUCUUCAACUUAACUUCCCCAGUAGUAAGAUAACCUCAAACCACAAACUAUUAAUACCCAGUAACAGCAGUUUCAGCAUAUAUGUAGAUAUCCAAAGAAUAAACACAACUACCUUUUGCUAACUAAUAAAAUUAAUAUUGGUUCACAUUUGUUUAAACAGAUAGAUUAGUAUAUGUUACUCCAUAUAUUUAUUAUAAUCCCCCUCAAGAUUUUGUUGAUAAUUCAACAAUAAAAAUUAAUUAUCCUUUGAUUUAUAAAUUACCUGUUUUGGACAUAGCUCCUAAUUCUUAAAGCUGUCCAUUAAUAUUUGUGGAUCCAUAGUCUAAAGGUGUUGUUAGUGUAUGUGGAACUAAAAUAAAUAAUAAAUUUGCAGCUUCAUUCACAUUGUUUAACACUUUAACGCAAUAAGUUAUGGAAACUAAAAUAAUAUUCUUGGAUUAAGCUUUUCCAGUUUUGAAUUAGGUUAAUCUAACAAAUAAUGGAUCAUAUCAACUUUAAUCAGCAACUUAUUUAGAUAUCGGAAUUGUUGUAUUAUAAUUUAAAUACACUUAUAAUUUUGGUUCAUCACCUCCAACACUCGUAGUAUUACCAUUUUUAUAUACUUCUAAUUUGAACUAGAAAAUAGCAAAUUAUCCAAAUAAUACAAAUACAUAUUUUUACUAAUUCAUUUAACCAAUAUAAUCAGUCUAUUAAGUACCAAAUAGUAAUUUGGGAAGUGAAAUUUCAGUUACAGUAUUUUAAUUAACAUCACAAUACUUUGGUGGAUUAAAUACUUAAAAUUAAACAAGUCCAAUGAGUUUCGGACUUUUAUGUGUUUCAGAUACCAAAGAAGAAUGUUUAAUACCAUAUUCUACAACAUCAUAAAACUAAUCUCCAACUAGUGGAGUAGUCAUUAUAAUUAAUUAAGGAACCACUUUGGCUAAUGUAUUUAGUACCAACACUACAGUUAAUUUCACUUAACCAAACGACUCAAUUUAAUCACUUAUUGUUACCCCCUUCCAGAUAUCUUUAUUCAAUAUAGUAUCAGGUAUUACAUUUAUAUUAUGUUUAGAUUACACAAAAAGCUCAGUUCAAUAGGUUGUUUAAGCAGGAUCCCCAAUCUAGUUUAGUAAUGCAAUCUCUGAAGUACCCUUAAUUGCAGUCAGUUAAGGAACUGCCUAUGUCUUCAAAUUGUAAUUUUAUUUGAGCAAUGGCCAAUAUAUCCAAUCAUUAUAUGCUUGCACAUUACUUGGAUUAUCUAAUCAAAAUCCCAUUAAGCAAAUUUCAGCAAGCAGUUCAAACGCUGGCCAAUAUUAAGUAGUUGCAGUAGUAGCAAAUCCAAUACCUUCAAAUACUUAAUAAGUAACACUACUUAAUUAUGGAUUUAUCAAUCAGUAAAUUUUAUAAUCAUUUUAAUAGAUAAUGUUAGAUAAAUACUAAUGCAGUGACAACUGGUAAACCAAUAACACCCUAAGAUGGAUAAGAAGUGUUAGUAACAUCUAUAGGAGCAACUACUUAUAAAUCAGCUGAAGCUACUCCAAUCUUAACUUUAAUGUAACCCCCAUAAGUAAAUGGUUAAAUCAGUGGAAUUGCAAGAACAUUAAUUAGUGACAAUUCAGUGAUUACUUUACUUGACACUAGUCCAUAUCUUACCAUUUCAGCUUAUCCUAAUUAUAAUCUUUAAGGAGGUGUCACUUUGAAUUCAUCAGUAUUAUUCUCAAAUGUUACUUAAAAUCUAUCAACAUCCAUUUCAGCUAUGAGUGUUUAAACAUAUGUAAACAAUUAAUUGAUUUCUGGGGAAGGAGGAUCAACAAUCUUUUAACUUGGUAUUUCACAAAUUCCAAUCAAUUCAUCAUUCCCAGAUUCAGUUUGGGAUAGAAAAUUAUGGGGUUAAUUUAUUUGGGGAUCUAUCCUAUUUAUAAUCAUCUUAGGCACUAUUGGAUACUUGUUUUACAAAUCAUAACCAUAGCCAUACGAUAGAUUUUGAUAAAUAAGAUAAAUACAUAUAAAUUAAAAUAUUUGA